AAAAAAAAAAAACUGACAAAAAAAAAGUCAAGAAACACACUGUUUUCCUCUUCUCUUUUCUUCUCUUCUACAUCAUAGAGAAGACAGAAUUCAGUUUUCACUAGGCCGAGGGAUUCAUUCGAUAGUUGAGGUUGUUUGUGACCAGUUUAGCUUAACUGGGUGUGUUUAAGAGUUUAGAAGAAGUACUCAUCUUAGUUCGUUAAUUCUGUUGCAUAAUCACUCCAUUUUCAACCUACUGCACUAAUUCACAAGCUUCGUCACUUUUCUUGAUUAUCUCUCAUUUGGGUCAGUUUGCAUAUCAUAUUCUUUGGUUUUGGAGUCUAGACUAUGAUGGACUGUUUUUCAUUUUUCCCAUGUUUCGGUAACCGGAGCUCCGAUAGCGACCCACCUCAACUCGACCCAGUUAUCCUCAUCUCCGGCAUUGGAGGCUCCAUUCUCAACUCCAAGGGGAAGAAACUCGGAAUUGAGACCCGGGUUUGGGUCCGGAUCCUCUUGGCGGACUUGGAGUUCAAGAAGAAAAUUUGGUCUAUCUAUAAUCCUCAAACAGGUUAUACUGAAUCAUUAGAUAAAGAUACUCAACUGUUGGUACCUGAUGAUGACUAUGGCCUAUAUGCAAUUGACAUUUUAGAUCCAUCUCCGGUUAUAAAAUGCUUACAUGUCACAGAUGUCUACUAUUUCCAUGCUAUGAUAGAAAUGCUUAUAAAAUUUGGGUAUAAGAAGGGAACAACGUUGUUUGGAUAUGGUUAUGAUUUCAGACAAAGCAAUCGAAUUGAUAAGUUGAUGGAAGGCCUUAAGGUGAAGUUGGAAACUGCUUACAAGGCUUCAGGGGGCAGAAAAGUUAACAUAAUUUCACACUCGAUGGGCGGAUUGCUUGUCUCGUGCUUUUUGUCCCUCCAUAACGAUGUAUUUGCAAAGUAUGUGAACAAGUGGAUUUGUAUUGCAUGCCCUUUCCAAGGCGCACCGGGAUGCAUCAAUGACUCUCUUUUAACUGGAUUACAGUUUGUUGAGGGCCUUGAAAGCUUCUUUUUUGUAUCAAGGUGGACAAUGCACCAGCUGUUGAUUGAGUGUCCAUCAAUCUAUGAGAUGUUGGCAAAUCCAGAUUUUAAUUGGAAAAAGCAACCACUAAUUCGAGUUUGGAGAAAGCAAUCAAAGGGCGGUGAAACUUCGGUUGAAUUGGAAUCCUAUGGCCCUCUUGCGAGUAUAAAUUUGUUUGAAGAAGCUUUGAGGAAGAAUGAGCUAGACUUUGAUGGAAAAAAAAUAGCUCUUCCUUUCAACUAUGCUAUUCUCAAAUGGGCCUCUAGAACUCGGCAAGUUCUCAACAAUGCUAAACUACCGGAUGGGGUCAGCUUCUACAGCAUCUAUGGGACAUCAUUUGAAACACCUUAUGAUGUUUGCUACGGUUCAAAGACAUCUCCAAUAGAGGACCUGUCCGAAAUAUGCCACACUCUGCCAGAGUAUUCCUUUGUCAAUGGAGACGGAACCGUUCCUGCUGAAUCAGCAAUGGCCGAUGGAUUCGAAGCAGUUGAAAGGGUGGCGAUUCCUGCCUCGCAUCGGCAAAUAUUGCAGGAGGAGUCUGUUUUCAAACUCAUCCAAAAAUGGCUGGAACUAGACCAGAAGGUGGUCAGCCAGAAUUCUAAAACAUCUAGAGUUGCAGAUGCUUCUUCAAGUAUGAAUUUUCAAAUGUAAAAGAGAGCCCCAUAUGCUAAUUAAGGACAUUCAUUGUUUUUUAUAUGUUAACAUUGAAUGAAGUUAUUCCAACAAUGUUAGAAUAUAAGUUUUCCAAGAAAAGAAAAAGAAAUCAUCAAUAGCGCCAAAAGGGUCUUAAGUGGUAAGGAAAAUGGUAGUCAUAAUUGAUGAAGCACUGCAUGUGUGUCUAUUUUCAAUUAUUGGAUGAGAUCAACUAGAUUGCAUUAUUCAGAAUUCUUUUAUGUUUUAAUUUGGAAUUAAUAAAGCAGAAUUUGUCAGUU